AUGUGCUACCGCCAACCAAUCGAGUGGAAAUGCCCCGACUGCGGCAAGAAGGCGCGCGAAAACUCGCUGGCGCACACCCAUUGCCCCAACAGCGGCGCGUGUCAGAAGAUCCAGCUCAAGCUGCGGCCCCAGAUGAGGUUCACGCGUCGCCCGUGCGCAAAGUGUGAGCCUGAACUUCCAAUGCGGAUGCGGCGCGUCAGGAACAAGAUCUCUCGUGGCGGAAACGUGGCGCAGGUCCUGGUGAUGAUGGAUCCGUUUGAUGGGGAUGAUGAGAUGGGAGUCUUGACUGCCAAUGCCACUGCCAAUGGUCCAGAGCAGAAGCAGAAGUGCAACGAGGUCAAAGACAAAGUCUCAACGGUGCAUGAUGAGAAGUUGGUUUCCAAGACACACCACGCCGAGCAGCACACCGAAACAGCAGCACCUCAACACAAACAGGAAGAGCACGGAGUCGAGCAUUGCGCCACUGCUACAAUUCAUCUUGGAGAUGCAGUCAUCGCAGGAAGCGAACGGAAGCUCGUCGUGUCAUCCGUUGGUCGUGAGCGUCAGCGUGAGCACCGAGCACUCGAGUUCCGUCCCCGCCACUGCAACAAGAUCUGCCGCCCUCGCCACGCCGUGCAGGAGCACCAUGGUCUCCCACUCUCCGCACCAUCCGCCGCCGUCCUCGACAACUGGUUCAGGAUCGUUUGA